GUCCAGCAGUCAUUGGUAGUGCCAGCCUCGCGCGAGCGUGUUGUACCAUCAUGAAGUUCCUCAUACUGGCGUGCUUAUGCGCCACCGCGUUAGCGCAAAAAUACGAAGAAUACACGACCCCCGAUAGCGCAGUCGAAGAAUUCGCUACCAACGCUCCCCAGGAACUGCGGUCCAACUACAGGACGUACGACCAGUCCUCGAACCAACAGCAGGUCACCAACAAGAGAUGUAUCGAGAAGAACGAGAGAUACCCUAUACCUGGAAGCUGCGAUAGAUAUAUUGAAUGUCUGAACGGCACAGCGACAGACAAGACGUGCCCUGACGGUCUGCGGUACAACCCCAACGUCACAUUCAACCGCGACCCCUGCCAGUACCCCAUCGACGUCGAGUGCAUCGGCCGAGCUAGCUUACAGCCAGCCCAACCGACGGAGGAGUGUCCUCACCAGUUCGGUUACUUCAAGCGCACCGACGGCAACCACUGCGGCAAGUUCAGGAACUGCGUCAACGGCGUCGCCUUCGACUUCGAUUGCCCCGAAGGCCUCGCCUUCAACUCCGAGUCAUACCGCUGCGAUUGGCCCGACCAGGUCAAGGACUGUGAUGUUGAAGCUUACUUGGGCUUCCGUUGUCCCGAAGUUCCGGAGCUGAAGGACGUUGGACCACCCACAGGCUUCAGAUUCUACAGAUCACCAAGCAACUGCCAACAGUACUUCAUCUGCGUAGAAGGCAAACCUCGCAGACUCGCCUGCAGCGGCUACAACGCCUUUGAUGAGGAAAUCGAGGGUUGCGUAGCAGCCGAUGAGGUAUCAGCCUGCCCUGCUGACAUCAAAGAGAGAGCAGCCAGGUCCAGGAAAGAGGAGGAGCAACGCGUCAUCGAACAACAGAAGUACUACGAACGUCUCAAGCAGAACCCCCAAGCUCAGCUCCGUUAUGCUCCUACAGAACCAUCGUACAACGCCUACGAAGAAGCCACCACCGUCAGCCAAUGAUUAGGAGAAUCUAAAACGACUGAAGAACAAUAAAGAUAGGCGUUGCUUUUACCAUACUUUUCCUUGGUCUUCACUUACCUGAUCGUUACAAGUCUGGUUCUAAAAGCCACGCUUAUUAUUUUUGAUAGAGCAGUUUAUAUUGUUUCAAACGUUUAACUUACUCCAAUCACUGUAUACAACUAGAUUUGGAACAAAAUAAACUGCCAGCCAUACGCUCUGGUCAACAAGUUUUGUUAAUAUUGUUUUAAUGCUAUUGAUAUUAUCGUGAAAUUAAAAUA